AUGUAUAUAUUCGGCUUGUCCCCCAUUCCAGCCGACCUGCCUUGCAGCAUGACCAAAGUCAUGUGGCGUGCCAAGGCUACCGAGCGACUGAAACUGCGAGCCGCUGAGAUCGAGGCGGCUAAGAAUAGGGAGGUUACCGAGCGGAGCUUAGCCUCAGCUGGUCUAGCCAGCGGAGAGGGUGAGAGGACUCAGAGUGUCCCUGAAGCCUUAGACGCUUCUGCCUCUCUUGGCGAGGCUGCGGACGAAAUAGAGCCUACUCAAGUCGGGAUGGAGGGUCGCUCGGCUGACGAAGCCCCCCUGGCAACUCGGAAGCGCAGACGGCCAGAGCCAGCCACUCAACCAACUCCAUCUGAAGAGCCGCAGUCCGAGCGGGGCGAUGCAGCUCCAGUGCUAUCCGGGACGGUCUCCAUAGAGAGUACCCCAAAGCCGCGCGGCUCUCCAAGGGCUACCUCCGAGGUGCCGCCCUCAAGUCCUCCGCGAACCAUGCGUCGCCUUAGGAGAUUGGGCGACUUUCCUUCCUCAAGUGGUGAGCCGUCUGGUAAAGCAGCUGUGCGCCAGGGUGAUCCGAGCGGCCCGAGAUUGACAAAGACUGUCCUGCGCCUUCCGUCGAAGGAAUAUAUGGCGACUGUCGAUCGGCCAGUGGUCCCCGAGCAGCAGAUCACCCUUACUAGUCCUCUUGCCAAAGACUGGGAGGAUGCUCGGCUCCGAAUUGCAAUGAUAACUCCCGAGGCGAUCAAAGUGGCAGUUGAAUAUCUGAAGUGCAAGGGCCACAUACCAACCGAGCUGGCGAUUCCCCCCGAAGAUCUGGCGGUCAUGAUGGGCUCCAUCCCCGAUUCUCUCUUCAAUUUUGGUGAUAGUGAAUGA